CCUGUCAAGCAUCCUACUUGCAUCCCUCUCAUCUCUUCUUCCUCCCUGUCAUCAUUUCUGCCAUCUCUUUCCAUCUUAAUCAUUGACAUUAUUGUUUCAGCCGAUGAGUGGGUGCAGGUGGACAAGCCUGACGCCCUUUCUUCUUGUUUUCUUCUCACUCUGGCUUUGAACUGCAAAUGGAUUUGUCAGUACAGGAAAAAGAAAAAAAAAAAGCCUCCUCAGCUCUUUAUGGCUCCUUAAAGCUUUUUAGCACGCCUUCGUGACUUGUGUGGAGGCUGAAGCGAUUCGCUGAACGCAGACAACUGUGAAUGGAAAUGCAAAAAAAAAAAACACUUUGUUGUUCUUCAUUUGUGAUUUCAAGACUCAUGGUAAUGGCACAAAUCCAAUAUCAUGGUCACAAUAUUAGGAACAGCACAUCCUUGUAUAGUAUAUCUUCUGAAAUGGUCUAAAUGUGCGAGUUUCAGGGAGCAAAGUAGUGCGAGGUCUUCUAAUCUAUCUGGUUCCUUUCCAGGAAAUUGUGAACCAGAUCACACAGCAAGGGAAUUUGUGUGUGCGUGCGCGCCAAUGCGACAAUGUCAGUUUCGAAUGACUUUGCAGCACAAAUUAAUUUCAAACUAUCGUCCAUAUUCGUACUUGUCUUGUGGUUUGUAAAAGAAAUGCAUGGAAAUGAACAUAUAAUAUUCUUGACUUCAAUGGUGAUGACCCGUGGGUGUGAUGCACUUCUAUUUAUGUUCAAUGAGAUGUACGUUUCUUUGAAUUUGCGGAUUGCUUGUGUGAAAUUUACACGGCGGAUGUAUAUAAUUGUCAUAACGAGUACAGUCGUAUUUUUGACGGAUUAUUGCAGCGUUGUACUCAUUUGCGAUGAGGGAAUUUGACGCAAAACUCAAGCGCGUCUCUGGAGCUACGAUCUACUGCCAUCUAGCGUUGUCGUUAUGAACUGCAACUAUAAUUUACCAUAUGAAAGGCUGACGUGAUGAAUUAUUUUUCAUCUUUCUUAGUAGGUCGCCUUUCUUGACAGGCCUCAGAAUUCUAUUUUCUCAAUCAGCUUCUGACAUAAGCAUUGGUCUUGUUUUUGUGGAAUAUUUUUAGACAAGCAGGGGGUGCUUUCCUGCUGUAUGUUGCCGUGGGAACUGUCAGUCAAAUCUAAUUAAAACACACCCACUCGCUUCUCAUCAGAGUUUGCCAAAAUACUUUUUUUUUUUUUAUUCGCAACUAUGAUUUGAUAGCACUAUAAAUAAAACCAAACGCAUCUUAGGCAAUAAGUUCCAUACAUGUAUUAAUGAACAAAAUUGUCUUCGGGAAUCUUUGGAGAUGUCCAAGCUUGACCUUUUCACAGCUGUCAAUUACUACUUAUAGCCGUUAAUAAUUAAAAUGUAAUGCCCUGAACAUAUCAGAACCAGCUGUAAUUGGAUAUUGAACAUGGAGGUGUGUGUAUGGGUCUAUCUGUGUGCUGGUACCACAUCAGAUACCCUUACUGACAGAAUGUCUGGGUGCAUGCGAUUGGAUGCUCAAAUAACUAGGCUGAGAUAAAAUGGGGAAAUAAAUAUAUCAUCAAUAUAGUAACAAUGUGCCUUCACUCACAAGUAAAUCAAUGAAUAUUCUGCAAUUGGAGUCCCUCAAGGUUCAAUGUUGGAUCCCCUUCUUUUCUUUCUAUGGAUGAAUUUGCAACAACAUCUUUGGAUAUUUUGUGAUUGACAGUACGUUUUGAUUUGUUUCAUGCAUCAUGUUUCAUUUGCACCUUUGGACUAAUCCUUUUGUGUUUGUGCACAUCAACAGAAGGCCAAGUAAUUAAUGCACACGAGGCCCCAAUAAUCUUUGCUUGUCUCUGCAUGGUUGUAAUUCCAAAUACCCAAUCAGCCUGGUGGUUGUCCCACGCCCCCGUCCGUCCCACUAGGCCAGUUGGAGUCUAAUCCCGGCCGAGCUAAUCUUCCACUGAUCUAAGGAUUGCACUGCUGAGUUUGCUGGGUUUCCUCUCACCUGCUGGCCACAACAUGCCCGACUGAUUUACUGAGUGGACGGAAGAUGACUUCCCGCCGAUCGCCCUCCUCUACCUGGACAGAGUCACGAGGGAACGGACGAGGCUUCACGUCGGUGGCCACGGCUCUCAGCGAGUCCUCGUCCAUCCACAGCGACACCUUGUACCACCUGACCAGGGAUGUGGGCCUGGAACUCGUGUCCUACAGCAUCCUGGAAGCAGAACCUGACAAUGAAGAAGCUCAAAGCCUACUUAAGCGUCACAGCAUGCAGACUGAUGACAAGAUCCCAGUUGUCAGUUCUUCGUCAAGCCCCCAAGACAACGGCGAGGGCCUCCGCUUCUCGGACGGCCGACGGAAAGUCGACUACGUCCUGGUGUUCCACCAGCGAAGACACGCCUCCGUCCGCUCCCCCGCCAGCACCUCGGUUUCCCACGACCGACUCUCCAUCGUCUCCAACGGCAACUUCCCACAGGGCUCGGACGGCAAAGGCGGGGGCGGCGUGGUGGGUGGGGAGGCCGUGAGCGUCGGCGAGGUGUUCAUGGAGCUGGACAGCGGAGAAGCCAACGAAGCGGCCGAGCCCGCCGACCACGAGAUGCAUCUGAUCAGACAAGAGUUCGAGGCCAAUCUGCUGGAGGCCGGCUUGGAGAUCGAAAGAGACAAAGAGGUGAAGGCUCAUGGUCUGAGCUUCACCCGCCUCCACGCACCCUGGCCGGUGCUGUGCAGGGAGGCGGAGUUUCUCAAAAUUAAAGUCCCAACCAAGACGCGCUACGACAUUAAAGAGGAAAGUGCGUUAAGCAGUAGCGUGUGGAGGAAGCUGAAACAGCUUUUCCAGCCCAAAGUGCCCCCUCAGGACCACGGACCCACCAAGUUCCUCACCCACUGCUUCUCCCGGGACAAGCUCCACCUGUACAACAUCACAUCGAAAGACUCCUUCUUUGACAACGCCACCAGGGGGCGCAUCGUGUACGAAAUCUUGAGGAGGACUGUUUGCGUACGAAGCUGUCAAACCAUUGGUAUCACGACAUUGAUAGCGAAGGGCGUCUACGACUCUGCCUUCCCUCUUCACGAUGGAGAUUACAACGCCACGGGACAUCCCGAGGAGAGGAACGACCGGCAGAUUCUCCACGAAGAGUGGGCCCGAUACUCGGCCUUCUACAAAUACCAGCCCAUUGAUUUGGUCAGGAAGUACUUUGGAGAGAAGAUCGGCCUCUAUUUCGCCUGGCUCGGCGUCUACACUCAGCUUCUCGUGCCAGCCUCCAUCGUGGGAAUUAUCGUUUUUGGCUACGGGGUAGCGACGGUGGACACAAACAUACCCAGCUUGGAGAUGUGUGACGAGCGUUUCAAUUUCACCAUGUGUCCCCUGUGCGACGGAGCCUGCGAUUUCUGGCAGCUGAGCACGGCCUGCGGCACGGCCAGAGCCUCGCACCUGUUCGACAACCCCGCCACCGUCUUCUUCGCCAUCUUCAUGUCACUGUGGGCCGUGUUGUUCCUGGAGCACUGGAAGCGUCGCCAGAUCAGUUUAAGCUUCAGCUGGGAUCUGACCGGCAUCGAGGAUGACGAGGAACACCCGAGACCAAAAUACGAAACCAUCCUCCUCCAGAAGAGGCAACGGAAGCAGAAAAACAAGAAGAAGAAGAAGAAGAAAAAGAAUCAGAUUGCUAUCGAGAAGUUAACCUGGAAAGACCGCCUUCCUGGAUAUUGCAUCAAUGUUUCCUCCAUUCUUUUCAUGUUCGGUUUGACCUUUUCGGCCGUUUUCGGGGUCAUCAUCUACCGCAUCACAGUGUCGGCGCUGAUGGCCAUGAGCCCCGACCCGGAGACAAAGUCCAAUGUGCGCGUGACGGUGACGGCCACGGCGGUCAUCAUCAAUUUGGUGGUUAUUCUCAUCCUGGAUGAAAUCUAUGGUGCUGUGGCGGUGUGGUUGACAGAGCUUGAAAUCCCCAAAACGGAGACCAACUUUGAGGAGCGUCUCAUCCUUAAAGCCUUUUUGCUGAAGUUCAUGAAUGCGUACGCGCCCAUUUUUUACGUGGCGUUCUUCAAGGGACGGUUUGCCGGUCGACCGGGAAGUUACGUGUAUGUCUUUAAUGAUUAUCGAAUGGAAGAGUGUGCACCGGGGGGUUGCCUGAUCGAGUUGUGCAUUCAGCUCAGCAUCAUCAUGCUCGGGAAGCAGCUCAUCCAAAAUAACAUCUUUGAGAUCGGCAUCCCGAAGUUGAAGAAGCUAGUGCGUACGCUGAAGGAUAAAGGAGUCGAGAAGAAGGAGGAAGAUGAGAAACCUCCUCAGCAGUGGAACCUGGACUACGCCCUCGCUCCCUUUGAGGGCCUCACGCCUGAAUACAUGGAAAUGAUUAUCCAGUUUGGCUUUGUCUCGCUGUUCGUGGCCUCCUUCCCUCUCGCUCCCCUUUUCGCCCUGCUGAACAACGUCAUCGAAAUCCGACUGGACGCCAAGAAGUUUGUGACUGAGCUCCGCCGGCCGGUCGCUGCCCGCGCCAAAGACAUCGGUAUUUGGUACAACAUACUAAGUGGCAUGGGAAAAUUCUCAGUCAUAAUAAAUGCUUUUGUGAUAUCCUUCACGUCGGACUUCAUCCCUCGCCUCGUCUACCAGUACAUGUACAGCCAGUCGGGGACCAUGCACGGCUUCAUCGACCACACGCUCUCCUACUUCAACGUGUCCAACUUUAAACCCGGCACGGCGCCGCACAAUUCCGACCACGCCGAUGUCUCCGUCUGCAGGUAUAAGGACUACAGGGAACCCCCUUGGUCUCCAGAUGCGUAUCACUUCUCCAAACAGUACUGGUGCGUCCUGGCGGCGAGGUUAGCCUUCGUCAUACUCUUUCAGAACCUGGUGAUGUUCCUCAGCCUGGUGGUAGCCUGGGUGAUCCCGGACAUUCCCAAAACCAUCGUGGAGCAGCUGAAGCGGGAGAAGAAGCUGCUGGUGGACCUCUUCCUACGAGAGGAGAAGGACAAAUUUCAGCUCAUCCAGAGCCUCUUCGCCAAGGACGCUCCCGUCCCUCCGGCCGACCAUGUCCUCCCCCUCCCGGGGCGCUACAACACGCUGCCCCAGUGUCCGACUCAGGCGCCAGAUGACGACGACGGAGGGCCCAGGGCGAGGUGCAGGGCGGCCAGUUUCGGCUUAUACACCAGGAAGGUCCCCCCGUCACCCAGAAACGAAAAUUCCAGACACACAGCUGUGUGACAUCUCAACAAGAAUGUCAUGUUUGGGUGAUGCCUUCCUGUAAAUGCCAUUUUGAUGUCCUGGCGUGAAAGAUCACUUCAAAUGUGGUUUUGUCCUUCCUGCUGACCGUUCACCUGAUCACUUUUUUUUUUUUUUUUACUUCAAAAUGGAGCCUCCCGCUUCAUUGCGUAGACAAGCAAUAAUAUCGUUAUUGGCUGAAUAGCAUUCUAAAAGAGAUCGUAGAUUACACAAAUAGAUUAAUUCAGAAUUGAACAGUGGUUACAUAAAUACAAAUAUAAUUGUACUUUUCAGGCUCCAGGGUUGGGAAGCUCAAAUGCUUCAAAUAGCCCCAAAGUGUCGAUUGUACCUUCAGGGACAACAAACGGACUCCUACUGGAAUGUAGUCCUGUUCUUUUUUUUUUUCCUCGAUAAAUGAAUGGAUGGAAAUCGUUUCUCGGUACAUUUUUGGAAUAUUUCUGCUUCACGUGCUUAAUGAUGCUCUUUGUAGAUAUUUAUUUUCAACUCGUAGCAGACAGAACAUCAGAUUCGAUAGACUUACUGUACGUAUUGUUAGCGAAAGCUCGUUUCCUGAAAAUGCUAAUUGUUUCCAUUCUCUGUUUACAUUGAACGUUUCAAGUUUUUUCUCGAUUCUUGUUUUUCCAUUGCCAGUAAUUAUUCCUCGGGUACAUUCGCAGCCCUCCAUGUUUGACACUAUUAGAUACAUGCCAUGAUGUAAUGUACUUCCUGUUUUAGAAAAACAAUCUUAUUUGUUGCAGCACUGAAACUGAGCACAGUCAGACUCAUUUGAAUCCACGCACAGAGAAACUCACAUUCAAGUCAACUGUUUUCCGAUUUUGGAAGUAACCGAGCAUUUACUUUUGCUGAUUACAGUGUUAAGUCAUAGCUGCUGUCAUAACAUGCUGCAAAAUGUCAUUUGUGUUUUCAGAGGCCUUGUACAUGCUCUUUGUUUUUGCCAUGACAACAUCUGUGUGCUCACGUACUAUCCAGCAGCAGACUGUUACAUUAUUUAUGUAUUUUAGAUUGACUUAAAACGAGCAAAUUGUGACCGUGGUACAUUCUUAAGACUACAUACAUGAAAUACAUAAUUGUUGGAUGUCUUACAAAAAUAAUUUGAACACUGUCUUAUUAUGUUCUUUUUUUUUCUAUAUCUCUUCUGCCUUUCUGUAAUGUGAAGUCCAAAUAAAAGUAUUAAAUGGAGGACGGUUAAAAUGGAGAGAAUAAAAAUGAAAGGAUGUAAACAUAUGUACCCGUGGCAACCCUUUUCAUACAUUUUUUUAAGUACGUUUUGUUAUUGUUUGUUGGUAAAUUUGAUAUAGGGGCUAACUGUUCCUAAAAAAAAGGUAAUGAAUUGUUUUUCCCUUUUUUUUGUUCUUUUAUUGAUUGUAUUUUAUUUGUCAUUUUUAAAGGCACAAUGACGACUCAUGUAAUACCGUUGUGAUCCUCACAAAAAAUAGACAAUUCAAGAAUUAAGCAGGCUGAAUGCGAAGAUUAUUGUGACAUGUUUUUUUAUUUUAUUUAACAUACUUUUACCAUUUUUUCCAUUCCACGUUUGCCUGUUUAUACGUGCAGGUAGCCUUUCACCUGUGUAAACUUGACAAAAAAAGUUUUUACAUCUCGGAUCAUCCACUUAAUAAUGCAUUAAGAGUUUGUAAAUAUCGAAUAAAAUCUGGCAUAUCGUG